AUGGAUGAUAAUACAACAGCUCUCACAACCACAAGGGGCUGUGAUCCAAACAACUAUGGAUUUAGCGGAAGGGUAAUGUUGAUCUCCGUUGUGAUUCUCUUCGCCGUUUGCUUCAUCAUAGUCUGCUUCCACUCCUACGCGCGCUGGUCCCUCAACCGCCGUGCCCGCCAACUCCGUGACCACCACCGCAGCCUUCGACGGUCUCACCGCUUCUCCUUCGAGUCCGAAUCCAUCGUCAAUGCACCCCAAGGUCUCGACUCAGUCGUCCUCACAUCCCUCCCCACCUUCAUCUACGACUCUGUCUUCCACGACCCUCCUCUAGAAUGCGCCGUGUGCUUAUCUGAAUUCGAAGACCACCAGAGGGGUCGUCUUCUACCCAAGUGUAACCACUGCUUCCACGUUGAUUGCAUUGGCAUGUGGUUUCACUCCCACUCUAACUGCCCACUCUGCAGAGCCCCGGUUCAACCUCCCUUUCCGGUCCGAACCACCAUCCAAACAGUGCCCGAAUCGGCCAGUUCGGAGGCAGAGUCGAGUUUUAGGCUGUGCCCAGAGUCUCGAACCGAUGAAGAUCAAACAACUUUUUGCGCUUCUUCUUCGCCGCCUGCUUUGGAGGGUAUAACAGUAGAGGUUCCGGUGACAAACGAGGUGGGUUCGAGAAAUUCGGAAGAUAUGGAUGCCGGGUCGAAUAGUGAUAACGGGUUGGGGAAACCGGAUAGUCCAGGUUUGUCGGUGAAAAGAUUUUGGAGCAUAUAGUAGAUAGAGACGAUAAGGCUGUGGUUUGGGUCAGAUCGAAGAGCUGAUCGGUGAGUCUUAUCGGAUAUCGAACCACCGGGCAGAACUUUGGUAAUUAUCUGUAACGUUUGUAUCAGGUAAGCCUCGGCAGUAAAACA